AUGGCGCUAGCCAUGUUGGCUCUUCUUUUCCUUUUCUUCCGUACAUCAUUUUCUGCCUCCGACAUGUCAAUCAUCGACUACGAUAAGGAUUACAAUUUGGGUGAUGAUUACCAAAGCUGGAGAAGUGACGAUGAGGUGAUGAACAUAUACGGGUGGUGGCUUGCAAGAAAUGGCAAAGCAUACACUUGCCUACAAGAGAAAGAAGCCAGAUUUGAGAUAUUUAGGAGUAAUUUGAGGUACAUUGAUGAACAAAAUUCUCUAAAUCGCACGUACAAGUUAGGGUUGACGAAGUUUGCUGAUAUUACAAACGAAGAAUACCGUGCCAUAUAUUUGGGCACUAGGUUCGAUGCUAAACGUAGAAUAAUGAAGUCGAAAAAACCGAAUCCAAGGUACAUGAAUAGUGGUCACAAAUUGCCUGUACAUGUAGACUGGAGACUCAACGGUGCAGUUAAUCCAAUCAAAGAUCAGGGUGAUUGUGGUAGUUGCUGGGCGUUUUCGACAAUAGCUGCAGUAGAAGGCAUAAACAAGAUUGUGACAGGCGAGCUUGUGUCUCUAUCAGAACAAGAACUUGUCGACUGUGACAGGACAUACAAUGCAGGAUGCAAUGGAGGCCUCAUGGACUAUGCCUUUCAGUACAUCAUCAACAAUGGUGGCAUGGAAACUGAACAAGACUAUCCAUACCUCGGCGUUGAUGGAAUAUGUAACAAAGAAAGGAAGAAUACAACGGUUGUUAGCAUUGAUGGGUUCGAGGAUGUUCUGGCUUUCAAUGAGAAAGCUCUGCAGAAAGCUGUGGCACAUCAGCCUGUUAGUGUUGCCAUUGAAGCCAGUGGCUUGGAUUUACAAUUCUACAAGUCGGGUGUGUUCACAGGUGACUGCGGGACAGCUCUGAACCAUGCAGUUGUGAUUGUUGGAUAUGGAACGGACAUUAAUGGUGUAGAGUACUGGAUAGUUAGGAACUCAUGGGGGCGGGAAUGGGGUGAAGAUGGAUAUAUUAGGAUGGAGCGUAAUGUGGAUUAUACAGACACCGGAAAGUGUGGGAUUGCAAUUGAGUCUUCGUACCCUACCAAGACCGGUCGGAAUCCAGCCAAGUUAACUAGAAAGCAGGCAAGAAAAUAA